AUGAAGAAGAAAGGAGAAAAGCAAAGAAGAAGAGAAAAAAUAAAGGAGCAAAGAUACACCGAACUUAUUCAAAUAUUGUCUGUACUAUUAGAUUCUUACUCUAGUUCAAGGCCAUGCUUGUCACUGUUGGGCUACAUUUACUUUUAUACUCAAGAUUUUCUCGCUGCUGCUAAUUGUUAUGAGAAAUUGAUCCAAAUUUGUCCCGAUGAAGCUAUAUAUAAGCUGUACUAUGCCCAAGCAUUGUAUCAAACUUGUUUAUAUCAAGAAGCUUGGAAUGUUUGUGCGACUAUUGCGAACAAUAGUGAUUUGGAAGUUAAGGUAAAAAAGCUCCAAGCGGCAAUAAAGUAUGGUCAGGAAGACACUGUCGCUGCAAAGAGCUACAUCGAUCAAUGUCCUCUAGAAGAUGUAGAUACGGAAAUUAAUUUUGGAUGCUUGUUAUAUCAGGAAGGAGAGUACGAGCAGGCUUUGAAAAAUUUUUCCAACGCUCUACAAAUAGCUGGCUUUCGGCCCCACUUAUCAUAUAACGUUGCAUUAUGCUAUUACAAACUGAAAGAGUACGCAGCGUCGAUAAAACAUAUUGCUGAUAUAAUUGAGCAAGGGAUAAAAGAGCAUCCUGAAUUAAGCGUUGGAAUGACUACGGAGGGUAUUGAAGUAAGAAGCGUUGGCAAUACGUUGACAUUGCACGAGACAGCCCUCACCGAAGCAUUUAAUUUAAAAGCGGCUAUCGAAUAUCAGCUAAAAAAUCAUGAAGCAGCUAGAGAAGCAUUGACAGACAUGCCUCCACGUUCCGAGGAAGAGUUAGAUGCUGUUACAUUACACAAUCAAGCUCUAACCAAUAUGGAUACGAAGCCAAACGAAGGGUUUGAAAAAUUGCAGUUUCUGCUGCAACAAAAUCCUUUUCCACCAGAAACCUUUGCCAAUAUUCUAUUAAUGUAUUGUAAAUAUCAAUAUUAUGAUUUGGCAGCUGAGGUGCUCGCUGAAAAUGUUGAUUUGACUUAUAAAUAUUUGAGUCCAUAUUUGUAUGAUUUUCUCGACGCUUUAAUAACGCAACAAACCUCACCGGAAGAGGCCUACAGAAAAUUCGAUGAUCUCGCUAAUAAGCAUACGGAAGUGUUGAGGAAGGCGACGAAACAAGUACAAGAAGCAAGAUUAAAUCAUGAUGAAAAUUCGGUGAAAAAAGCGGUUAAUGAUUACGAGGACGCAUUGGAACGCUAUGUGCCGGUGCUGAUGGCCCAAGCGAAAAUAUUUUGGGAUUUAGGGAAUUACACUCAAGUGGAGAAAAUCUUCAAAAAGAGCGUGGAAUUUUGUAACGAGCACGAUAUAUGGAAAUUAAACGUCGCCCACACGGUAUUUAUGCAAGAAAAUAAAUUUAAAGACGCAGUUGGCUUUUACGAGCCAAUCGUGAAAAAAAAAUAUGACAAUAUUUUAAACGUGAGCGCUAUUGUAUUAGCAAAUUUAUGCGUAAGCUAUAUUAUGACUACUCAGAACAGCGAAGCCGAGCAACUGAUGAAAAAAAUUGAAAAGGAAGAAGAGACGGUUUCCUUCGAGGAGCACGAUAAAAAAUUAUUUCAUCUCUGCAUUGUCAAUUUGGUAAUAGGAACGCUUUAUUGCGCUAAAGGCAAUUACGAAUUUGGCAUCUCGAGGGUAAUGAAGAGUCUGGAGCCUUACAAUAAAAAGCUUGGGACCGAUACGUGGUACUAUGCAAAAAGAUGCUUUCUCUCACUUUACGAACAACUAACGAAGCAGCUGGUUGUUUUGAAAGAUAAUACCCUACAAGAUUGCAUUCAAUUUUUUGAACAUUGCGAAGUGUAUGGAAGAGACAUACAAACCGUGCUGGAACCUUUAUUUGAGCUGCAGGAACUAUCUCCCAUUCCAAAAGCAAAAGAAACUGUUACUUACGAAGCCAGAUAUUUGAAAGUAUUGUUUUUAAAAUAUCAAAUGUCUUGAAGUCGGGGCCAAAUACGAGCAUUUUCACCUCAUUAUAUUGUAUUUA